AUUUCUUUCUUUCUUUUCUUUUCCUUCUUUUCUUUCUUCUUCGCAGUAACGCCUAGCGUCGACUUUUUCUAAGACCCUUUACGACUCGUAACGAUCAAGCGAGAUCGUUACACAUCCGACGUCUUUUCCAAUUUCCACGAACUUCAAUCACCUGUUGUUAUUACUUUAGUCGGUCGUACCUAAUUUUUCUUUGGCAAGAAAAAAUGACGAAGGGCGCUUUGCAAAGUGACGGAAGACGUCCCCUGUUGGCAAAGAUUUUUAAAACGACACCGAAAGAAAACGAUACGACACCGAAGAAACGCCUUCCGUUACUUCGCAUGGAAAGAGCUCUUCUCUUUCCAAAUAGGAGACUUUCGGUACGUUUAGUGAUUUUUCGAGGGAUGUUUCCUGACCAAGUAGGAAAAUAUCUUUUGUAGGGAACGGCCUAUGAACGUAAUAAGAAGAAAAGGGAGAGGGAGAGAGAGAGAGAGAGAGAGAGAAGAAAACAAAGUAGGAAAUCGGCCUACACGAUAUUAAUCGAGAACGAAUUUCGUCAGGUAGCUGAGCGAAUACACUCGCGCUACGUGCAGAAAAGUCGACAUAACUCUCAUCUUUAUGGAUUACGCAUUUGUCUUUAUCUAUUACUCGGAUCGUCAUACCUUAGACAUUUUCUAGUCUAAACAUAUCGUAACUGUAUCUUAGUUGUAUCCAAAGUCAUCAUAUCCUAUUCAUAUUCUAGUCAUAAUCAUAGAUCACGCGAUAACUUUAAUUAUAUCGUAUUUCCCUUGCCCGGGAUGAGUGUAAAAAAAUUAUCGAAUUAAGAUACACGCAAGGCUAUACGCACUUGAGUCCAACGAAGCAGUAUUAUCUAUUUUUAUAUACGUAUUUUAUUUUUCAGUUCUAUAUUUUGAUUCGAUACUUUUCACGCGUACGAUGCAAUAGUCGCUGAUCGGUGCCAGGGACUUUGAUCGGUUUUGAUCUCUCUUCGUUCUCUUCUUUUAUCGAGAAGUAUAAAAAAAGGCGGCAUACGUUCGUCCGUACAUAGUAGCUAUAAGUUCCGACGAGGUUACAUUAUGUAUCGCGUAUAAUAAUUUUGGUGCUAACGAUUCGACCCUUGUGAAUCGUCGUCUCGUACUUGGCUACGAUUCGAUGAAACCUUGUAAAAAUCUUUGCCAUAUAACGUCUAUCGUUUAUAAAAUACAAUAAUCCGUGCUCGUAUAUAGCAGCAUUUUCAAAAUUCUCUCAAGUAGCGAAGCUGUUCUUGCUGUUUACAAGCGAUUCCAAUAUGUUUUAGGGACACCCUGUAUAUAUAUAUAAAUCCAUAUGUAGGUAUACGUAUACGUACGAUAGAAACCAUACCCAUUAUAAAAGGAACCAAGUAUCGAGAUACGACCUACGCGUUACACACGCACACGCACGCACGCACGCACGCACGCGCACGCAGCACGCACGCACGCACGCACGCACGCACGCAGAGGUAUUAAAAUAUAUGUAUAUAUACUUGCGAAUAAAUAGGCGUAGAUAACUUUAGUUCGAUAGAAUUUGGAUGUCGUAUACUUUUUACAAAUGAGUUUUUAGAGUAUUUCGUUUGACCGUGUUGAGGAUUGCUAUCAAACGGUCCCUAUUCCGCAAAGAUUAUUUAGAAGCAAGGAAUCGUUCGUUGAAACUUUCGACGGUUUCGACGGCAAGGCACAGAAAAUUUUCUUCCGAGCGUACGUGUGCGUUAUAUGCGCGCCUAUGUGCACGUUAUACGGACGUGCCUCCACACACGGAUACGGCGAAUCCUAUGAAGAGUUAACGGACUACGCGUUGGAAAAGCUAAUUGCGAAAGAAAAUGGCCAGAAAAGGGGCUACGAUUACGUAAUAUAUUUAGGAACGACGGGAGAGAACAUUACCUAUAGGUAGUCGUAUUAUUAGGUAGACUCCAAUGUGAUAUAUACACGCGAAAGAUAACUUUGUCUAAGAGUUUACAAUACUUUUGAAAGGCCUGACCUUUCAUCGGGCUCGUUAGGAAGAAACUUAGAAAACGUGGCGUGUACUACGAGUAACGAAAAAACCUCUGUAUCCUUCGAGCGAAAUUUUGGCCAUGUCGCAUUUUCUAUUAAAACGACGAAUAUAUCCAUCGAUCGUGCAUUCCGAUUGCUCGAAAACAAAGAAAGAAGAAAAGAAACGUUGUUUUUGCGAAACAACGAUUGGAACGCGAUAGGACCACUAACCAAAAUGUUCUCGAAUCGUACAGAAUCAACGAAUUAACUACAUAGAUCCGCGCAUGCAACAACUUUGAUUCUCGUUAGGAUACUUUUAUUCGACUAUCUUUUAAAUAACUUUAAAGACACGAUGCUUCGCGUUGUCUCUGAGCUGUCUCCUUUGCCUUUAUCAAUCGUUGUCGUCGACGUUGCUUUCUUCCGUAUCGUGAUCCACGAAAGGUUAGUUCGUUGUAAACGCCUAUUACGGAUUUUAGACAAUCCAUAUCUCUUGUUCCGCAAAGGCUCGAUGAGAACAAGCAUGAGGAUUCGAGGAAAGGAGGGAGAGGAGGGAUAGAUAGAUUUGUAAUAUAAUUUAGUUGCGAAUCGCGGUGACGUGCCACGGGACCAUCGACGAGGAACGAAGGAUGUCGCGCAUUGAUUUUCCGUUAGUUUUUAUAUUUAAGUAACGAUCUCGUACGUCUUCCAACUUUCCCACACACAGUUAUGUCCACCUUGACGUUCGUGGGAUCUCCUGUCUUCUCAAAAACAAACGAUUGUUGUUCGAAUAAAGGAGAAUCUUACGAUCACGACUUUUUUCUUACCAAACUCUCUCGCAUUCCUCUUUCGUACUCCUCGCAAGAAUCUGGAAAAAUCUUUUAAACGUUAAAAGCAAGUACUUUCGUUCGCGACUCGUUUCGGUCGAUCUUUCAGCUUUCGUCUUAGCUCUUUGUUUUACAAGAUGGAGCUAGUGACGGUGUCGAGAUUCACAAAGAUCGCCGGUAAAUUUCUCAUCGUGGAAUAUGUACGAUUUUAUCUUUUAUACGUUUUUUCGUUUCCACUUACGCGUAUCGCGUCCAAGCACCCAACGCGAUACGUACAUAUAUAAAUGUAUAUAUAUAAAUAUAUAUAUGUAUAUUAAGUAUAUAUAAAUAUAUAUACGAAUAUAUAGAUAUAUAUAUAUAUACGUAAGUACGCAUGUACGCGUCGACGUACGAAGGCAUAUACGCAGAAAAUGCAAGCGGUUGGGCAGGGCGCGUCUGACGAGUUUAUCAGCGAUGUGCAGUUGUCACGAAGCGUUCUUAUCGCUAUACGGGAUGCGUGUCGUCAAACGCGACAUUGGCUUCCUUUAAUUCACGUGGUUGGAUAUACAGCGAUAACGCGAAAGGUUUGCAGCUGUUAGAUAAUGACUCGACAAUAUUUCUCGUGGGGAUAUGCAAAUGUUUCAUUUGUUUCACGAGUUAUCGGCAUCAGAUGCGUAUAAUCGAGUUUCUGAAACAUUUUUUCCGGUGUACUUGAAACGCCGGAAAGACUUAAAUAGAGAAACAUAUAAAUUGGCCAAAGGACUUUACGUUUGGAAAGAGCUCGGAACGCAGAGAUGGAAGGAAGUCAAGAAUCCUCUCCGUUCCGCAACCUUGUGGAAUUGUACGACGGUUUGGAAAAUUUGACGACGUGGCCUAGAGUGACACCUUUGAGAGAGUCGACCGAAUACGUUUACGAAGGGCACGAGGUACGUUACUCUGGAUCGAGAUUGAAGAAAGUUGGCAAGGAUAAAGCGCCAAGGACGUUGCUUUGUCACGACAUGAAAGGCGGUUACCUGGAAGAUAGAUUCAUAAAUGGCUCUAAUUCGAACGAGGAGUAUCUAUUUUAUCACUGGAGCGUCGUAGAUACGUUCGUUUACUUCAGUCACUAUUUUGUGACCAUUCCACCUUACGGAUGGAUCAAUGCAGCUCAUAGCCACGGAGUAAAAGUGUUGGGUACGGUGAUUACGGAGCAUGCCGACGGUGGGGUCAUUUGGAACCUAAUUUUGCGGACCAAGGAAAGCGUGAAACGUUUCGCAAACGCGCUCGUUCACGUAGCAAAAUUUUACAAGUUCGAGGGUUGGCUACUGAACGUUGAAAACGGUAUUAAACCCGAAGAGAUCGAUAAUCUCGUCUACUUUGUAAAGUAUUUGAGCGAUCGUAUUCACGAAGAAAUUGUUGGCUCCGAAGUGAUAUGGUACGACAGCGUGAUCAACACCGGAGAAUUGAAGUGGCAGGACGAACUUAACGAGAAAAAUAAGGACUUCUUCUUAAGUUGCGACGGAAUAUUUUUAAACUACAAUUGGACGGACUCGCGGUUGAUCAACAGUCGUAAUCUCGCAAGAGAUCUCGAACGAGACAUUAAGGACGUUUACGUGGGCCUGGACGUUUGGGGCAGGGGCUGUCCUGGCGGCGGCGGUUUCAAUUCUGCUCAUGCACUCGAAAGGAUACGGAAACAGAAUCUAUCGGUUGCCAUUUUCGCUCCAGGUUGGACGCACGAAUAUUUCGGGCCCAAAACGUUCGGACAAUUGGAGGACAUGUUUUGGGCUCAACUCUUUCCUUUCCUAUACGUUCAUAUUCCGAUCUACGACAACGAAAGAUUCAACACGUCCUUUUGUCGCGGCAGUGGCUCGGCCUACUAUCGUCGCGGUAUAACGCAGCACGAGGUGUUCGACGAGAAGCCGUUCUACAACUUGUCCAUGCAAAAAGUGCAAAUCUCCGUGGCCGUGCCGCUUUUGAAGAUUUUGGGCUUCGCGGAAGAAAAGCCCGUUGACGACGACGACGACGACGACGACGAAAGCUCUUCGAAGAAAGAAGCUCUUUACGUCUACGAAACCGAAAAGAGUUACGUUCGGGUCUUGGGCAACGUGGCGAGUUUUCAACCAAAAUCUUUACCCACGAGCGCGAAUUAUUUCGAAUUUUGCAAUGAAUAUUCGUACGAGGGAGGAGGCUGUCUUAAACUGAUAACAGGGAAUCCUCGCGAAUACCACAGAUUAUUCCUGAUAUACGUCGAGUUCGACCAAAGCAUUCAAGGAUCCGUCGUUUACAAAGCAGAAGAAGCUAGCACGGGAACGAGCUCGACGAUCGACGAACCUACCUUGUUAUUGGCCAAUGACUCGGGCACGAAGUCCAUCGUGCCGUACGAGACGUUCGAGUUGAACGCGAGUUGGAGAAAGUGCGUCUACCUGACCGACAUGAGGACCGUCAACGAGAUCGGAGUGAAGUUCUCCAGAGAGGGUAGUCGUUACUUGGGGGAGAUCGUUUUGGAAGGGAAGCGUCGACGAUACGACGAUCGUUGCGAGUCGGCGGACUGUGCCAACCGGAUCAGCGACUACACCGUGUCUAUUGACCUUUCCCGAGCGAGCCAGCAACGCAACGAGUAAUACCACGUCGAUGUAAGAGUGAGAUCGGGAAGGGAGAAAAACCGAUAGAAUCGAAUUGCGAAUCGCCGUCAUCGCCGAUUUCUCGAGUCGACGAAUGGAUAUGUAAGCGAGAAGGCGCAAGACAGUCGAAAAGAUCGAUAUAAGGGUGGGGCUGGGAG